UAUGUUUAGAUUCUGAAUCUGUCUGUUGGUGUGAGACACUUGUAGUUGUAUAGGAUUUAAAUUAUUAAAUAUUUUGAUAGUUUCGUGUAAUUAAAAUAUUAUUCGCGGUGGAGUGAUAUGUGUUGAGUCUUACAAGUUUACGAAUUUAUUCGAAGGUUUUUCUGUUUAUUUCUUUGCUAAAGUUUACUCUCCAUGAUGUCUGAUUCUGAAUGUGAUGAACCUAGGACAGAAUGUCCCCUAUCAUAUAAAGAUUUUGAUUCAGAUGUCCUAAAUCCAUUAGAUACAUUUGAUGAAAUGAAUGAUUAUGGUGAUACUGAUCAGGUACCAUUCAAUGAAUUAUUACAAAAUCACCAUAAGCAGACAGUUUGGGGUUUUAAAUUUGGUGAGGAAAUAAUGAGGAAAGCUAAGGAAAAUAUGAUGGCUGCAAGAAGUAAGCAUGGACAAGACAGAGGAAGAAAUGACAGUGUGUCAUCAGAGACAUGUAUAUCCGAAAAACCUAGUUGCUCAAAAUCAAUAACAGAAAUAAAUCAUAAAACUCCGUUAUCCCAAAAAAGGCAGAAAGCUAAACUAAGAAAUAAAAGAAAACGUAUGGCCAGUGCUUUAAUGAAUCAAAAUUCGAGAGAAGCUCCACUACCCCUUAUGAAUUGGGCAGACGCCAAGGAUGUUUGGCUUUUCAUGGUUUAUAAAGAAGAAGCGUCAUUGAAUUUGAGGAACCCUAGGUUAUUUGAAGAUUUCUCCAAUUUUCUUCCCCGCAUGAGGGCAAUAUUACUUGAUUGGAUAAUGGAAGUAUGCGAAGUUUACCAUUUGAGGAGGGUAACAUAUUAUUUGGGUGUUGAUUACUUUGAUCGGUUUUUAUCCAUUCGUCCCGAUGUACCCAAGAAUCAGCUGCAACUAGUAGGAGUAACAUGUUUGUUCUUAGCUGCCAAAUUGGAAGAAAUUUAUCCACCCAGAGUAACAGAAUUCUCCUAUGUCUGUGAUGGAGCUUGUAGUCCAGAUGAUAUUCUCAACUGUGAGCUUCUCAUUUUGAAUAGUUUGGGGUGGGAUCUGAGUUUAAUGACACCAAGUGACUGGCUCAACCUCUACAUGCAGUUACAUUUCAAAGCAGAUGAGCUCACACCACAAAGAAUCCAUAGGGAAAUCAACAAAGAUUUUCUUUUUCCCCAAUACUCAGGUUUCCAGUUCACUAGAGCAUCCUUAUUAAUUGAUAUGAUGUCCCUGGAUCCUGGAUUUUUAAGGUUCAGCUACAGUACCGUGGCAGCUGCAGCUAUGUAUUUCAUGUAUGGAAAACAGGCUGCACUUUCCGUUUCUGGUCUAACAUGGGAUCAGUUAAAACAUUGUGCAGAGUAUAUGGCUGUCUUCUACCAUGUGCUACAAAAUUCCAAAGAUACAAGGUUGCAAUCUUGCAGUGUUCAUAUAACAAAUGACGAACAGUCACAGCGUUCUUUGGAAAUUCUGCGAAAGACCUACAAAGAUGUAGUGCCUGAUGAGAACCAUUCCCUACAAACACAUGCAGUCAACAUGGACUUUUUCGAACAAUCAGCAAUAAUCAGGAUGGAGCAGAUGGGAAAAAAUCCGACAUUAAUCAUUGAUGAAGACACUCCUGAGAAAAAUGACAGCGGAGUAAGCUUCGACAAGAUGCUAGAAGACAUUAUUAUAUCUAAUUCAGUGAACUAUCCGGUCCAGCAAGUGCAGCUGCACCGAGAAGAUAACGAACUAGAAGAAGAAGAGGACAGGGAAACAGACACAGAUGAAUUGGAAGAUGAAUAAAAUAAACAAUAUAAACUAACAUAUACUUUCGAGGUAACUAUGUGAUAGUUCUACUUACUAAACUUUAACCAAGACUGCCAGAAUUUUAUAAACAUUUCAUAGAUCAAGUAUAAAUAAAAAAGUUCUAUACCGGCGAGAAUAUUAGUACAAUAUUAAUUGUUAGUCGACUAGUUAUUCAUGGUAGCAUGGAUUAUUCAUCAUUUGUUUCUGAAAAAACAUACUACAGACAUACUGUUCGUUUAGUUAAUUUAUUCAAUAACUAAUUCAUUGUAUAUUUCCACUAUAUUGUAAUAUUUGAAGUGUAUAUUAUUUAAAGAGAAAUUUAUAUGGAAACAUUCGAAAAUAAAAAUUUAUUGUAGAGGUUAUACUGAAAUGAUGCAAUGUUCACGCUCAGUAGUUCAAAUUGGCAGUAUAGACAUGUGAAUUAUUAUAAUUAAUUCAUAUGAGGCUCAUCUUGUCGAUAUCGCCUCAACAUAAUUUGGAGAUUCAUGAACUCUCUGAUUUCAAGUUCCUCAGUGCCUUAACUGUUAUUUCACAUUGUUACUAUGUCUAUACCAUGCCAAACUCCAGUUAUUCUAGAUCUCAGUGAAAAAUUUUUGAAAACAUUUGGUUUCUUAUUAUAGGGAUAAUAAGAUGCGAAGCAAACCAGUUUUGAUCCAAUCAUUAUUUACAGCAAUUUUAAUAAUGGUUCAGGAGUAAUUGUCCCAUCAAAUUUUUAGAGGGGGUACUAUUGUUCUGUUUUAAGAACUGGUCCUUGUGCUUCCGAAUGAAAAAAUUUCUUGUUACAUUCAUUUUUUUGACAAUAUUUGUUAAUCAUUGACCUAUAACUUUUUGGACAUUUAUUUAUUUUUAAUUUUAUCAAAAUUCUUUUGCUUCUUGACCAUUCCUCCUUAUUGCAGUUGUUUUCUGGUUAUUGUUGUGAUGAUUCUCAUUGAAUUGUUUUGGUAUUUGGUUAAAAGAAUACCUACUAUGUUUGAACAGGCGAAAUGUACAAAUCUACUACCUGCCAAUAAUAUCAAUAACAAUAAUUUUUAAGAAAUCGGAGAAGGAUAUAGAUUUAAGUAUAUUUUCAAUAAGUUCUUUUCUUACGCUUAUAGCUUACUUAUAAACUGUAUCUUUUUUUAAGUUAUCAGAUAUCUUGUUUAACAUAAUUUAAAAAAAAAAUAGAAAAUCUUGACACAUA